AUGACCGGGCUCACUUCAGAGGCUUUCAGACGGACCGAGGGGCCAUUGCCCCUGCGGAUCCAGAAAUUCACAGAGAAAGUGGCAUCCCAACCGGGGCCCGAUGAGGUCUUAGUGCAGAUCCACGCCGUCGCGCUCAACUCCCGUGAUGUAGCGAUGCUCCGGGGCACAUACCAGGCGCCGAGCAAGCCAGGAGGCAUCAUCGCCUCGGAUUGUGCCGCCGAGGUGCUCGCCGUCGGAUCCGCUGUGCACGACUUUGUGGUUGGUGAUCGGGUCUCUCCGACCUUUUUUACGAACCUGACCACCGGAGACGAAAAUGAACCGCCCAAGGCGCUCGGCGGGGACCAAGACGGGGUGUUGCGUCGGUAUGCCCUGUUCCCCAGCACCCAUUUGAUUCAUUUACCCCCCCACCUGAGCUGGGAAGAGGCCGCCACCAUCCCCUGCGCUGGAACCACCGCUUGGACGGCACUUCGCAUGCCACAGGAGCCCACCGGCCGACCUCGAGCAGCGCUCCUCCAAGGCACCGGAGGAGUCAGCCUCUUCGCCCUGUUACUCUGCCUGCAUAAUGGAAUUCACCCCAUCAUCACGUCGGCUUCUCCUCACAAACUCCAGACUGUCCGUGAACUGGCUCCCCCGGGAGCCAUCCGCACCAUUGACUCAUCGGCCAUCACCGAAUUGGACGUGGAGGUGAAGAAGCUGAGUGACGGCGUUGGGGUGGACAUCGUACUCGACAUGGGUGGCCCAGCUACCGUGGCUCUCAGCCUCGGUGCGCUGAGAAACCGGGGAGGCGUUGUAUCCUUGGUGGGCUUUUUGGCUCCUUUUUCCUUCGAUGCGGUGCCCAAUGUUAUUCUUCCUCUAUUGAGCAAGGCGGCGACACUCCGGACAAUCGCAGUAGGCACGAAACAAGACCAUCAGCAACUCAUCGAUUUUAUCAGUAAGAAGAAUAUAUCUUUGGAACCUCUGGUACACAAGGUCUUUUCAUUUGCACAGACCGAGGAGGCACUGGAAUACCUGUCUGCCGGAUCUCACUGGGGAAAGAUUGUAAUUCGGCUAUAGAGUUCCAGCACAUUAACAGGCCGCUUUUAUUGUUAAUCUUCUUCAUUUUAUCGAACUUAGUUGGCACUCUGGUAGGCCUGUCACUACUAGAAAAUUGGAGCUUGAUUCUUGAGGCAUGAACCAUACAUAUAGGGGGUUACUCGACAAACCCCCCUUUGUC